AUGAACGAACUCGGCCGGUCGAAUUCAACCAAUUCCUCCUAUUUUGAAAAGUCGGGAAGCAACUACCAUGCACAGGUGUCCAAGUCGUUGUUCAAAGGUUAUAACAAGUCGGUGCAAAUCUUCCACAACAACAGGGCCGCCAACGCUGAGAAUGCAGCUGCUGGCGGUGGCGGGAACCCGGGACCUCAUCCGCAGAACACUAUGAGGACGGGAAGACGGGAUUUCGAGGAUAAAUACCCUGCCAGUGACAAUUCAGGCUACUUUACUGAUCGCGCAGCAAUAUCAGUGCCUUCUUCUAGGAUCGAGAACUACUAUAGCAACAACACCAUUGAGGAGGAGAUUCAGCAGUUGAUGGCACCAAACCAGAGUGACCACACCCAGAAUAGUAAUGGCAAUCUUGCAUACUACCAGAAUCAGCCUCUGCACAACUAUCAGCAUCAACCUGUUCACGAGGCAAGUGCGUUUUCCCAGUACAAUGCUCAAACUGAUGAGUCCUCACAGCAGCAGCAACAACAACAACAACAUCAUCAUCAUCCUCAUCAUUACGGAGGCGAUCAUUUGAGCACGGCGCAGUUUCAGCACCCUCAUCCUGUUCAAUAUCCUCAGGAGCACGCUCAUCUUCCGCACGACGCAUCAUACCAAUCGACGUUUAAUAGCCAAACCCAAAAUCUUAAUCAUCAUCAACAGCAGCAACAACAGCAACAACAGUUCCACUCUCAGCCGCUAUCCCAGUCUUUUAAUGAACUGGAAAUGGCAAACAUGCAAGGCUUUCUGAAUCCGCAAACCAUGUUCGGCUCGUCGGAAUCUUCCAAAAUUGCCUACGACCCAAAGUUGAAAUCACGGAGAGGACGUCCUAGAAAGAAACCAGGUUUUCACUUGAAGCUUGAUGGGAUAAGUAAGAAACCUGGUUUUGCCAAUAGACUGGCGAUUUCGUCGCAGUCGGACUCGGGAAGAGACUACUGGGAUAGAACGCCCAGGAAUGGCGCUCAUGGCCUCCUGAAACUAAGCUUCACUCCCGCGUACGACGGAACCGAAGCACGGCGAGGUACGCUGGAGAUGAAUGACCAUCAUGACAGCCAUGACAGUCAUGACAACCAUGGGGGCACCAUGACACCUGCAAUUAGCUUGACUCCAUCGAUUGACCCGCCUGCCGGCGGCACCAAAAGCUAUUUCGAGUUUGACUUGACCCCCAAAAAUGAAGGUUUAAACAAUGGCGGCUUUUUCUCACCCGGUAUCAAAAAUGAAAAUGUCAAUAGCUUCAAUCUGGCAUUCCACAACUAUAUGGUUCAACCGCCAGACGAAAACCACAAUGACAUUGCCGACUUUGGCGAUUUGAGUCUUCCCGGUAGCUUCCCCUCGGCAGGACACUCCAACUCCAACUCCCACGAUUUGCCCUAUCUGACAACCACUAUAAAUGAAUCAUCAUUUACGCCCUUGGCGUUGAAUUUUGAUAAUUUUGGACCUGGACCCAACACAGAGUCCUCUCCUGGAAACGAGCUUGGAUCAUUUGAUGACCAAGAAAAGCAUGCUGAACAGUUUACAGAUUUCGACUUUGCAAGCUACCUCGAUACAAAUACCCAGGGUAAUACCAAUAACCACGCCAACAACAACAACAACAGCAACAACAGCAACAACAACAACAACAACAACCCAGAUCCAGAUUCAGAUGCCAGGUUAGCCAUACACGGACUUUACAGAACGGCGUCGAACCAAAGUACAGGAAGCGCGGCAUCUGCAGAAUCGGAUGUUCUCAAAAACUCAGGCGAGCAUUCAUUAACCAGAACAGGGUCCAAAAAACGAGUUUCCAAGGGCGCCAUUUGCCCCGUUUGCGAUAAGUUCAUCAGUAGGGACUUGACGCGGCACAUGCGUAUCCACAACGACAUUGGCAGAUUCCAAUGCGUUUACCCAAAGCAAACGUGCAACCACAAGACCCAAAAUUUCAACCGCCCGUACGAUUUCAAGAAGCACUUGUUGCAUCUGCAUUUCCGAUUCGACGAUCCAAAGGGGAAAAAUGCAAACACUUUGGGUGAAAAAUUGCCCAUACCGGGAGCUUGCAUGGCAUGUGGGACAAGGUUUGUUGCCGGCGACUGGCUCAGCGAGCACGUCUUGACAAAGGACCGGAGACAGCGAUGUACCUACAUUGAAGAAAGUGUGUCAGACGUACCGCAAGAUUGA